UGUUUAAAGGGAUUGCCGGAAACAUUUUUGGAUGUGACAUUAUGUUUGACAUUAAAACUGAUUUUGACUUUUCGGCAAAGUUGGUAAAAUUGACUAUUUCCUUUCUCCAUCUUUUUGCAUUGAAAUAUCACAAUGCCGCCAAAGAAGGACUCUAAAUCUGCUGCCAAGCAGCCACAAAAAACCCAGAAAAAGAAGGAAGGAGGAGGAGGCGGUAAAGCCAAGAAGAAGAAGUGGUCAAAAGGAAAAGUUCGUGAUAAGUUAAACAAUCAAGUUCUUUUUGAUAAAGCCACAUAUGACAAAUUAUAUAAAGAAGUACCACAGUAUAAAUUGAUAACCCCCUCAGUUGUGUCUGAACGUUUAAGAAUUAGAGGUUCUUUAGCUAAACGUGCACUUGUAGAACUUAGAGAAAAAGGUUUGAUUAAACAAGUUGUUCAGCAUCAUUCUCAAGUAAUAUAUACAAGAGCGACAAAAGGGGAUGACGCGUAAAUAUUUAUAAAAACAUAAAUCAAGAAAAAUAAAAAAUUUUUUGAGAUAAGUAAAAAA